CAGAUAACGUAUUGCUUUCGUAUCGGAAAAAUGUUUACGACUUGUUAACGCUCUAUUAUCUUUUCAAAUAUCAGUGGGACUUAUUCGUUCGAUUUCUGUCUAUAAGUGUGUUUGAUUAAGAUUUAUUUUCUUAUUGCUAUCAGUUUUCAAAGAAACACCACUGAUACGAAUUGGCGAGUUACCAAUUCCUUACUUUGGGUCUUUAGUUCAGUGUGUAUUGGGAUACAAUACACUUAGAAAACUUCUUUUAGGCAUUCUAAUAAGCUUAAACCGAUCUAAAGCUACAGUUUGCAUAAAUUAAAAAUAAAUUAUCCAUAGAUGAGGUUAGUGACCUCAGGGGGAGCUUGUUAAACGAGAGCUUUGGCACCGAUUCCUCUAGCAAAGCUUAAACUAUGCACAUUUUAGCAAUCAACGUAAUUGGAAGUGCAAAACGAGGGGAGCAAAUUUAAAUAGAAGUGCAGCAAGAAGCGAGGAGGAUGUGACGAUCGUGCCGGUGCCUACCCUUCUCACUAAUUAGAUUAGAUUAGUCAAAGUUGAUUAGUUUGCUCUGAUGUUUUCUAGAGUCCAUGGGAGCUUGUCGAUUUCGUUGUUUGUCAGAUAAAUUUGCUUGGAGAGUAAAGCUCUGCGCGACGUGGUUGUUGGUUGGCAUUUUAAACGAGUAGGCUCUUGACUAGGCCACACCCCGUUUUGUUUAACAUAUCGGAGAACAGUCCAUAAUUUUUGGUGCAUUCGGUUGGUUUUGCGGUUCUCAGCUGUGUAAAUUUUAGGCCAACUCAUAAACACAGUGAAUAUGCAGAAGCCACAACAAGGUCUGUGCUGGAUGUUGCUUCUUCUGGGAUCGUUGAUCGCCACUUUCAUGCUGGCCUUCAGUUACUGGAUGUUCGUACCCCGCGAGGAGCCGUUUUGGUCUAUAAUAUCCAAGAACUAUACCGGUUUCGGAAUUAAGUACUCUCUGCCCCCCUCUGUGGUACCUGAAGAACUAAAGCUCAGACAAAGACCUCCAUUCGUCUACCAAAUAUUACAUUAAUAGGAGUACAAUAUAAGGUUUAUAUGCUAUGUAAUCUUACGCUAAUUUAACAAUAAAUUACAUUUACACA